UGUAAUAAUUUUAGGGACGAAGAAAAAAUUUUGAUUGUGAUUUUUUAAUCUCUCGACAACCAAUGUUGUGCGAGGGAACUCCAUAAUUUCACCUAUCUUCUUCUUUCUGCAAAUUCCUGUUUCCCCUGCAACUUAUGGCGUUUUCCUCACUGCCCAUCUUCUUCUUCUUCAUUUUCGUCUCCAUAAUUAUCCCAAUUUCUCAUUCCAUACCGUUCAUAGUACUCCACGGCAUUGGAGAUAAAUGCUCAAAUAAAGGCAUGAGGAAAUUUACUAAGUACUUGAGUGAUAAUUCUGGUGCUAAAGGAUAUUGCAUAGAAAUUGGCAAUGGGGGGUGGGAUUCAUGGUUUAUGACCCUUGAAGAGCAGUCUCAAAUUGUUUGCAACAAGGUGAAGAAAAUGGAAGAUCUAAGAGAGGGCUUCAAUUUUGUUGGUCUUUCCCAGGGUAACUUAAUCGGCCGGGCAGUUAUGGAAUUCUGCGAUGGAGUGCCUCCUGUUCAGAAUUUCAUCUCUUUAGGCGGUCCUCAUGCUGGCAUAGCCUCUGUUCCACUUUGUGGUUCUGGUAUUUGGUGCCUACUCGCAGACGACCUGAUGAAGUUAGCUAUCUACUCGGAUGUUGUACAAAAUUCUCUGGCUCCCAGUGGCUAUAUUAAACUACCAAAUGAUAUUCCUGACUAUUUGGAGCACUGUAAAUUUCUCCCAAAACUCAAUAACGAGCGGCCCGAUGCCAGAAACUCCACUUACAAGGAACGUUUUAGCAGCUUAAAGAACUUGGUACUAAUCAUGUUUGAGGAUGACACUGUUCUGGUCCCAAAGGAAACAUCCUGGUUUGGAUAUUACCCGGAUGGAGAGUUUGAACCCGUUUUACCCCCACAACAGACGAAGCUUUACAUUGAGGAUUGGAUUGGAUUGAGAAGCUUAGAUGAAGGUGGAAGAGUGAAAUAUAUAAAAGUUGCAGGAGGCCAUCUUGGAAUAUCUUAUAGUGAUGCAAAAAAGUACAUUGUGCCUUACUUGGAAGAGGAACAUCAGCCUCCUCAUUUUUAUUUACAAAUUAAAACAAACAAUGUUUCUUUGAGUUUAGCUUAGAGAGGGAGAGAGUAAUUUCAAAGCUGCAAUCAAAUAACCCUCAACCCUUCUUUCUGUUUGUAUGUUCAAAUACUAUACUUUUAUACAAUAAUAGACUAUAUAUUUUUUCAA